CUAAUUUCAUUGACCGCAAAUCCAAUUAGCCACCCCAUUACGGGAUACUGUCUUUUCAGCUCUUCCUUUCUUCUCUUCUAAUUAUAGCUUGAAGAUUAUUUUCUUCUCACAAAAUGGAAGAAUCUUCUCUUAGCUCCGUGAAAAUAAUGCACGGACGCAAAUUAUUCAACCGUGCAUUUGCUUCUAUAUACGCAUUUGCCAUUAUAGCCUUGUUCUACCACCACACAGUCACAUUAACUCUAUCAUUUCCGUCAAUUUUCAUGUUAAUUUCUGAUGUUAUCCUCGCAUUCAUGUGGGUCACAUCACAAUCAUUCUUCAUAAACCCAAUCUCUCGUCAACAGUUCCCCGAAAAUCUCGAGAAAUUAGUCAACAAAAAUGAUUUUCCAGCAAUUGACAUAUUUAUAUGUACGGCUGAUCCGUUUAAGGAACCACCAUUAACUACUGUUAACACAGCUUUAUCUGUAUUAGCUUAUGAUUAUCCGAUGGAUAAACUUUCGGUUUAUGUAUCGGAUGAUGGAGGAUCGAAGCUCAAUCUAUUUGCUCUUACGGAAGCCGUUAAAUUUGCAAAGAAUUGGUUACCUUAUUGUAAGGAAAAUAAGAUUGAGCAAAGGUGUCCUGAAGAAUAUUUUCGGCGAAACCAGAGUACAAAUUCUCAAUUUCAGAUUAUUGAGAGCUUGUACGAGGAUAUGAAGAUGAGGAUAGAGAAUGUUGUUGAAAGAGGUGAGGUUGUUGAAGAGUGUAUUACCGAUCCACAACAACGUGCAGCUUUUAGCAAAUGGACCAAAGGAUUCACUCCCAAUGAUCAUCCCGCUAUAAUCCAGGUAUUAUUGGAAAGUGACAAAGAUAAAGAUAUCAAAGGUUACUCAAUUCCAAAUCUCAUUUAUGUAUCAAGAGAGAAAAGCACAACCUCACUUCAUCAUUUCAAGGCUGGGGCACUUAAUGCUUUGCUCAGAGUCUCGGAAGCGAUGACAAAUGCACCAUUAAUUUUGACCCUUGAUUGUGACAUGUACUCAAAUGAUCCCCAAACGCCUCAACGCGUCCUUUGUUACUUUUGUGAUCCGUCAAUUAAGUGUAAAUUAGGGUACGUUCAGUUCCCUCAACGUUAUCAUGGGCUCAACGAGGACGAUAUAUAUGGGGGUGAUAAUGUACGUACAUUUCGAAUUUCACCUGCGGGCUUAGAUGGGCUGGGUGGCCCGGAUAACUGUGGAACUAAUUGUUUUUUCAACCGCCGAGCUCUUUUUGGUAGCCCAUCAUCAGUUACUUCACUAGGACACUCUGAAGAUAGCCAUAUUCGCAAUAUGUGUAUCUCCUCUGUGUCAGUCAUAGAGCAGGCUCGUCAAGUUGCUAGCUGCAAUUAUGAGUACAACACCGAUUGGGGUACCAAGAUGGGGAUCAAGUAUGGAACACUUGUAGAAGACAUAUUCACAGGUUAUAUGAUGCAAUGUGAAGGCUGGGAUUCCAUAUUUUGCAAUACUGAAAGGCCUGCAUUUUUAGGUGAAGUACCAAUAAAUCUAAAUGAAGUACUAAGCCAGGUUAAAAGAUGGUCUUUUGGACACCUUGAAGUGUUAUCCUGUAAAUACAGCCCAUUAACAUUCGGAACCAAAGCUCUGGGAAUUUUAAGGUCUAAUUGCUACAUACACUAUGUUUUAUGGCCAAUUUGGUGCAUACCGGUCACUCUGUAUGCCUGCGUUCCACAACUGAGUCUGCUCAACAAUAUCUCCAUCUUUCCCAAGGUUUUUGAUCCAUGGUUCUUCUUGUAUGUGUUCCUGUUCUUUGGAGCCUAUGCACACGAUUUUAUACAGUUUAGGUUGUUCGAAGGCACUAUAAAAAGGUAUUGGAACGACCAAAGAAUGUGGUACGUGAAGGCAUUGUCACCUUAUCUCUUCGCCUCAAUUGAGUUCCUAACGAAGAAAUUAGGCAUCACGACGAAAGGAUUCAACGUUACAAGCAAAGUAGCAGGCCAGGAUGAAAGAAAAAUGUAUGAUCAAAGCGUCUUCACGUUUGGGAUUCCUUCACCUAUGUUUGUGCCAUUAGCAACGAUAUCAAUCAUCAAUCUGAUAGCAUUUCUCAGAGGAAUCGCGACAAUUAUAUUUAGGAUGGAAAGUUUAGAUGAGUUCUUCGUCCAACUAUUCAUUGCUGGAUUUGCAGCUGUGAAUUGCUUGCCUAUUUAUGAGGCAAUGUUACUUAGAUCUGAUCAUGGCAGGAUGCCUAAGAGGAUAGUCGUUACUUCUGCUGUUCUUGCUGGGGUGCUCUGCAUUGCAUUUUCUUUAAUUGUAAACUGAAAAUUCCUUUGGCAAAAUCCUUUAGUUGUAAAAAUAAUGCCAACAGAUUCAGUGUUCAUGAGCCCUUAGCUUCCAAAAUAUUCUUGUGUACACCUGGGAAAAAAAAAGAAAAAAAAAAAAAAAACUGUCUAACUUGGGAGGAUACCUCCAUUACAUUUUGUAUACAUUGAGCUUCACAAAAAGAUGCUAUAAACAGUGUUGUGUGAAGUAA